GGGCGCUUUUGUGGGUUAGGAUGGUGGUGGCCAGGCUGAGUCUCCCAAGCCAGAUUCCUGGCAGGUAACUGGGAGCGGCCGCGGAGCUCGGCGGCGGGGGAGGAAUGUGUGCCGCCGACUGAAAGGCAGGUCAGAGGGUCUAAGAUUGGGGUGGCAGCAGUCCGCAGGAAGCGAGGAGAGAGGCACCCUGUGUCGCCGCCCCUCCUCAGCGCUUUUCAGAGGCGGGUGUCGGGUCUGUGGCUCGUCUUUCGGUCCCCGAGGCCCCUUUACCGACCAGGCUGGGCUUGCCUCGCCCGGAGAGGAGAAGAGGACUCUCUUUGGAACGGUGGUAACGCUGCAAGAGCUUUCCUGCGAGGAUAGCGACCCUCACGGAUUUCUGACAAUGGAGGGGAAAGGAGAAUGGAAAGUAAUGCGAGAUGGACGGGUUUAUUGAGUGCGUGUAUUCGUUUAGAAAGUGAUAACUGGCUAGACACGGUUCUAGCCGGUAGGGAGACAACAGUGAACAAGAGAGGUGCGAUCACCUGUCCUCGUGGAGCUUUCGCUUUAAAAUAGGAGACAGAUAAACACAAAAUUAUCACAAAGGGAUAGGUUAUAUAAAGUGAAGCAAAUAGUGGGAUCGAGUUUGACUAGGAUUUGAUGACUAUCUUAGAUAAGUAGUCAGGAAACGUCUCUGAGGAAGUGAUAUUUGAGCUGAGAUCUGAAUGAGGAGGGGCCAACCGUGCCAAGAUCUGGGGCGAUGGGUUGGGGAUAAUUUUGAAGGCAGGUGGAAUCAACAGUGCAAAGGCUCUGAUGCUGGAAUAAUCUUUGCUGUUUAACAGCAACCGCAAGAAAGAAGACCCUCGUACUUGAGCAGAACGGAACUCACCAGACAAUUAAGAAGAUAAGUUUAUUCAGGCUAUUGCAAAAGGGAGAAUGUUCAUUAAUAGAAUACCUCUCAAAGAAGAAGGAGAGAAUGUGAGUUUUUAUGAAACAAGGGAAUCAAUGAGGAAGCAUGGAGGGGAGUCCUAUCUGGGAAUGUGGUUUCACCGAAGAACCCUCUGAGAGAUUCAUCGCAUUUCUAAGAUUAAUAUUUACAGUUUGGAGUCGUCAGCUUUCUCAUGAGAUGUGUUUGGGCAGCCAAAAUGAAAGCUUUUUUUGAAGUGUUAGAACAAUUCUACAAGAAGGUACUUCUGGGAGCCACACUUGAAAAUGAGAGCCAGGAAUACAUCUUUUAUCUCAACCCAGCAGUUUUAGCUCGGGAUUGCUCUACAGCCGCUUCUCCAGAAUGCUUGAACCGCCAUGGUGUCCAAGGCAGGCACCAGCCACCCAGCACCACGUUGGGUACCAUUUCUGUAGUGUCUGUGUGUUUGAAGAGACACUCUCCGACAUGCAGUGCCCGAGAAAUCAUGCUCCUUCAGUUAACAGUAAUCAAAGUGAUGAUAACCAGAAUAUUGUCUGUUGAAACGGACUUCCAUGCAAAGGAAAAAUACAGAGAUAUAAUUACAAUUCUUUUAAAAUCCUCUGACAUCGAUUCAACCUUAACCUGUAUGUUCCAAAACUCGGAUAAAUUGUUAUGUCACAUGGCUGCCAAGUGCCUUGCACUACUUCUGUAUUUCCAAAUGAGAGAAGAGAUAGCAUUAAGUAAUUCCUGGAUUGCUUUUUGCAAGACAAAUCUUUCUGAAUACCCUGAAAAUGAGAAAGCAGUGUACUGCCUCUGGACCCUUACUUUUAUAAUAAAGGAAAUCUUUAAAGACACAUGUUCACAAAAAACAGAAAUUUUAAAGCAGUUCCUGACUCUUUUUGACACUGCUUUUGAAGUUUUUUACAAUUCCUUAUUUUCUCAGCAUUUUGAAAGCUGCCAAGAUACCUCUAAAAUAAUAAAUAGCUUGAUAUGUUCCCUGGAAUUGCUUGAACUUCUUAUAGCUUCCAGAGUCCAUCUGAAGCUACAUUUCACUUGCCAGAGGAUUUUAUUUUUGAAACCCUCUUGUGUGCUAGGUGUUAUUACCUGGCCUGUUCAGGCUUUUGUCAAAAGGAGGUUCAUCAUAUUCAUCAAAAAGUGCCUUCUCUGGAAAGUGGGUGAAGAUCUGUGUCGGGGAUCUGGCCCUGCCCUGAUGCCACCAGAUCAGCAUUUAGGUGUAGACAUGUUGGCUUUAGCUGAUGCUGUUUUGCAAGCUGUGGAUUUGGGCUUAUUGAGGACAUUGUCUGUCCAUGGAAAACCUCCCUUCUUCGGUGGAGAUGAAGUUCAACCUGCACAUGAGCGUGUCCCUGGUCCAGAUCAUGUAAUCCUCAGAGCAGCAAGCCUACUUAUCAUUAAAUCCUUAGAAAUCAAGUUUCAAAACUGUGCUUCAGCAAAUGAAAUGAAAGUUGGUUUACAGAAUUUCAUGGCUGAGUUACUGACCUUCUUAAAGCCUCACCUUCAGCCCUCCCUUCAGCCACACAACGCAUGUGAGUGGAUCUCCAGGGUCUUCAUAGAACAAGACGAUGACAUGGUGGAAGCUGCCAGAGCAUCAUUGGGCAUCUACCUAACGUUGAUCAGAGAGUGUAAAGCUGCUGAAAGCUUGACCCAAGAAAAAGAAACGUGCAACCAUCACACACAUGAAUAUGGCUAUAAUCCACACUGCAUCUUCUUAUUCUUACUAAAAAAUAUAGGAUUUGAUGCUUCAGUUCUUCUUGACUUUUUGAUUUCAUCGGAAACCUGUUUCCUUGAAUAUUUUGUUAAAUAUUUAAAGUUACUACAAAAAGACUGGGCUGACUUUUUCACGAUCUGCAAGUAUUUUGAUGUAACCAAAUCUAAAGACAACAUAAAUAUCUGUGCUUGUAGCCCCUCACUUAUCCAAGACACGAGCAGCAACCAAACAGAACUGAGACCUUCGGCUGCUCUUGGUAAUCACAGAAAUGCCCGUGCUUCCGGCUCCUGGGUUUCUGAUGCCUCUUCCAAACCUCUGAACCAGCUUGUGAUGCCCAAGGAGACCCCCGCCACGCUCCUGGCUGAUAGCCCAUCUCCCCCACGAGCUUCUCAAAGUCUGGUAGAUUAUGACAGCUCUGAUGAUUCUGAGGUAGAAGGCACAGACCAGCGUUCAGCAAACACUAAACAAGUAUCUUUACACCAAGAAGCAGUGAAGAAAUUUCAGGACACAGUUGGAACAAGUGGGGAAGAAAAAGAAGUGAGCCUCCAUCCUCAGUCAAGGCCUCUGGUUCCCAAACAGUCUAAUAUUCUCUUCUCCGUUGAUUGGGAUACAGUCCCGAAUAACGUCUCUGAAGUGGGACUGUCUUCCAAAACACUGAAGUGCUUUGAGGAACUACAAGGUGCUGUUUACCGCUUGCAGAAGAAAAAUCUUUUCCCGUAUAAUCCCACAGCACUUUUAAAGUUGUUAAAACGUAUCGGGGCGAUAUAUAAUGAGAGUAUGAACGCCUUGUAAAACGGUAGCACUUUAUUUCCAGGAGCUGUUUUUCCCUAAUGUAAAUUGUGCCUUAAUGAGAUAAUAGUAAAAAAAUAACAAACAAAAAACCAAAAUACCCUCACAAGCAUUCUCUAAAUCAAGUCUAUCUUUUUGUCCUUUCGAAGUAACCUAGUGACUGACAAAUAUACAUCAAAUGCCAAGUCACCUGAUAAAUCACUUGAAAUUUACAGGGUUCAAAUUUGGGUUGGUCAUUUUGUUAGGUUGCUAGGGCUGCUGUAACAAAUUACCACAAAACUUGGUGGUCCAAACA